CCAGGGCUCUCACCCAGAAGAAUUAUUUUCCGGAGAAACUGUUUGCCUCUGUUUUAAGCUCGUGUCCUUGGGACACGUGACCAUCUCCCCAGAGCUCGCCUGCUGGAGGACAGAUGCUUUGCACGAAGGUGGAGGAGGGAGGAAGCUCCCUCCCGUGGCACUCGAGCAGGGCUGUGGGUGGCGAAGGAGCCCACAGCAGACGGCCUCGUCCUGUGCGCGUCCUCGGGAUGGGCGGCCCGCGGACGACCCUGUCUGUCUUCCUUAUUUUUGUGUCUGUGUAUCUGCAUGGGGCUCUGUCUCAGGAAGCCGGCCCUGCAGCGCAAAGAAAACCAUUUUUUGAGAGGCUCCGCAGACUAGAAGAGCAGUUUCGGAGGCUCCAAGAGGUGACCCUCACACACCUGCGGGGCCUUGCCAGCAACUACAACCUGUCCUACGACAUUGACACUCGGUUCCAGAGCCUGGCCCUGGAGACCCAGGCCGUGAACCGGUCACAGGCCGCCGUGCAGGGCGACCCGAGCCGCCUCAAGACCUGGAUGCAGAAGUCACAGCGCAGGAGCCGGAAGCCGGACUCCAGGCUGCUGGCCUUGGACUCCGCCCUGAGUGACAGGGACAGGCAGCUGGCCCAGGCGGGGAAGGAGCGGGAGGCACAGGGGGACGGCCUCGCCGGCCUGGGCCUGGCCCUGCGGGCCCUACAGGACACGGUGGACGGCCUCACGCACCUGGUGCAGAGCCAGGGCGCCAGGCUGGCUGCUCUCGAGGGACGGCUGCAGGUGGCCCGUCCUGGCGCCGUGGCCCGGGGGCCGACUCCAGCCCUGCCCCCGCCCCCGCCCCCCCCCAUGGACCCUUGGUCAGGCAGACCUGAAGGGCAAUGACCCCAAAGACGUUCACGUCCUGAUCCCUGGGCCCUGUGGAUGCGUCACCUCACACAGCAAGGGGAACUUCCGUCUGGGAUGACCAUCCUGAGCCCCGGCUUCCCCGCAGGCCUGCGGGCCCUGUCUGUCUGCAGCUGGGUCCGCGUGGCCUCGGGCCACCUGGGCACCCUGCUCUCCUACGCCACCGAGGAGAAUGACAACAAGCUCGUGCCGCACGGCAGGGACUCCCCGGUCCCUGGCUCUGUCCACUUCGUGAUCGGAGACCCGGCCUUCAGGGAGCUGCCCCUGCAGCCACUGCUGGACGGCCGGUGGCACCACGUGUGUGUCAUCUGGACGUCCACGCUGGGCAGGUACCGGCUCCACGUAGACCGCAGGCUAGUGGCCACCGGCUCCCGCUUCAGGGAGGGCUACGAGAUCCCUCCAGGGGGGUCCCUUGUGCUGGGCCAGGAGCAAGACAGCGUGGGGGGUGGGUUCGACAGCUCCGAGGCCUUCGUGGGGAGCGUGGCGGGCCUGGCCAUAUGGGACCGGGCGCUGGUCCCCGGGGAGGUGGCAAGCCUCGCCACGGGGAGGGGGCUCCCUCCGGGCGCUAUCCUCACGCUGGACGACGCCCACCGGGUGGGCGGAUUCGUGCAGAGGGUGAACUGCAGCUGCCUGGCGCUCUGUCCCUGAGGCUGUGUUCUCGGGCUGGAUGGGGACAGCCUGAG